UGAAACGGAACGUAAAUAGAUUUGUUGCUGGUAUCUGAAAUAAAUUUACAUUUGUUUACUCAUUUUGAGUCAUACUUAUUUAAAAAAUGAAGUCAGUGCAGGCAAUGAAAAGUUUUUGUAAGAUAUCAUUAAAAAAUUUCAAUAUUUGCUGUCAAAAACAACCAAUUACUUUACAAGUUCGAUAUAGUGUUAGUUCAUCGGGUUCAGUAAACUUUAGAAGAUAUGCUCCUCUAAUAUCAAAUAUCCGAAAACUAGGACUCGGACCUACUUCAAAAGAUUUUGAAGAACCAGCCCAGAUAUCAGGACCUCUUACCAAAGCUCACGCAACAGAAUUGGUUUUACGUUUAAACAACGAAGAAAGAAAAAUGUUAUUUAAUGCCUUACAGGAAUACGAAUCUAAUAGGAUAAAAGAAGAAUUUGAAGAUAAAUUAGCUGGCCAAAGAUGGAGAAGCAAACUUGGUAGACCUAGCAAAGUUCCUACUUUGGGAGAUGUCGAUCCUACUGGGACCUACUGUCCUGUUCCAGAAGACUGGCUGAAGAAAAAAUAUGCUGCCACCGUUCCUAAGCCAACAACAAGGGAGUUACUGCACUUGUCGCUGGCAAAUUCAAUACCAUUCAUUGGUUUUGGUUUCCUGGACAACUUCAUCAUGAUAAUUGCUGGUGACAGCAUCGAAAGCAGCAUGAGUGCAUAUAUUACUUUAUCGACAAUGGCUGCUGCUGCAUUAGGGAACACCUUCAGUGACGUAAUCGGCAUCGGAUCCUCAUAUUACGUGGAGCGCGCCGCCGCUAUGGUGGGGCUGGGGGCUCCCGCACUGUCCCCUGUACAGCUGGACAUGCCCACCAGCAGGAGGUUUGCUAACAUGGGCCGCGUCCUUGGCAUCACUGUUGGCUGCUUCCUAGGCAUGAUACCGCUGCUGUUCAAGGAUGACGAGAAGAAACCGGAAACCAAGCAGUGAAGCGCUUGUUGCGUUGUGAGUUUUAUAUAAGUAUUAUAUAAACACAAACAUAUCUCUAUGUUUUGAAAAUGUAAAUAGAUUAUAACAAUGUCCUUAAUGUAAUGUUGAGUGCACAAACUAUAUAAUAAGUAUAUAGAGGUAAUUGUGUCUAUAUUAUGUGAACACAUGCUGUGGACUCUAUUUAUAUUUGACUUAAAAACAAAGAUAAGUGAUGAAAUCUAAGAACUAUGACUUACUUUGUGAGUGCCGAGUAGAAAAAAAUAAGUGUUCCAGUGAAGACAUGUUUGAAGCUACAUAUAUAUAUUGUUAUUGAAUCAGAAGAACUCUCACUCAUUACCAUCUCGUCUCAACCCUGUAGAAGGUUCAAUAACUAUUUUUGUACUUUAUAUGCGACAUUGUUACUACAACUAAACUAGUGUUGUCUUUGUAAAGUAUGUAGUAUUUUUAUUGUUAAAAUGUAUUACAAAAACAUAAUUUGUGAGUAUGUGUAAAGCAAGGAUUACUUUUUUUAUUUUAUAUAAUUAAAAAUAGUACUGUUAUAGUAUGAUAACUUGCACAGUAAUAGCAAUUUAGAAAUGAAAAUGCAAUUAUGAUUAUUAUUAUCGAAAAUCUACUAAAUUUUAAAUUCAGGCAAAGUAGAAAAUAUAUUUAUUUAAGAUAAUUAAUGUUAUCUCGCCUAAAUCUAUGACUCCGUGGCUGAGACGUGCCGCUGUAGAAACUGUUAUCUGAUCGUAAUUUUAAAUGCCAUGUUAUUUGUCUACUAACUUAAUUUGUUGUAAUGUAUAAUCUCACAGCAAAAGUAUAGACGUUUACCUCACACUUAGAGACAAAACAACCAAGCGACGAACAACUUAGCAUCAAUUUUAUUUUAUAACUGUCAUAUUACAAAAAAAAAAAAAAACACAUUUUAUUAUAAAAAU